AUGCUUAAACAAGCCAAAAAACCUACCAACGUAAAUGCUUCAUUUGGUGUUCAAUUACAUGCUUUCAAUCAUGACUCCACCCCAAAAAUUUUAACAAGAACAGUAUUUGAAAAAGGCUUUCAAACAGCGAUUCUUGAUGCUAAAGUCCGUUCAAAAUAUAGAGCUAUUAUGGUUGCAUUACAAGCUGUAGAUGAUUCUGAUAACUAG